AUUAAUGACACAUAUAUCAAAGCUAAACGAAAGUAUGUAUAUGAUAUAACUGGGAAAAGGGUUAUAAAAAUCAUCUAAUUUGUUUAUCAAAUAUAUGAUUAUAACAUUUUUGAUUACAAAUCAAAUCAUGUUAUUAUUUAGCUAGAGAUAAAUUUAUCUGACUUUGUAAACAUGAAGCAUUUGCCGCUACCAAAGAUGAAACAUUGCUGUUACUGCACUACCAAAUUCAGAUUAGCGUGCAUCCUAAUAGCAACUUGGAGCAUGAUGUCGACUGCGCAUAGUAUUCGGAUCCUGUUCUGUCCUGUUUGUACCAAAAUUUACACACGAGAAGGAGGUAUACUCUACAUACCUAUGAUUAUCAUAAUGUGGAUAUUACUUCUCGUCGAUGUGGUGUUAUUGUCCUGCAGCUUUUUCUUUCUACUCAGCCUCUUUUUGAAGGCCUAUCCAAUAACUUUAGACCUGUUCAUUAUAUUUGGCUUCUUCGCCGCCAUUUUGAUGGUAAUCCAUGCGUCGGUCACUAUAGCUCAAAUAAUUGCUUCCGAUUGUAAUAACGGCAGUGAUAGUGUUGCGCACUUCUUCUAUGCUAUAUUAUGGGCGUACUUUAUACUGAUUGUGUACACGUAUAGAGAGGAGAUGAAUUGUGAACCUGGUGAGCUCGUAGAGGAUGAAGAUGGCAACGUGAAAACAAGUAAAGAAAGAUUAGGUGUUUCUGCUAGUGGUACCAAGUUACCAAAGAAAUUUCAAGGUCAUAUGAACACCCAAUUAAAACCUUAACAUCGUCGUAUUUCAGCGCAAGAUUGCUUGACUUCUUGACUUGCAAGACUUCUCGCUGAGAGACAUGACUUGCUUCAGAUCAACUGAACCAAAAUUGCAAUGUAACUAAGUACUGUCGACUUUUUUCAUGGGCUAUGUAAAUGUUAUUGUAAUGUUGUUUGGAUAUUAAAUAUGUUAUUAUGAAUUGAAUCAUUUUUAAAUGUCGGAGGAAAUGAUGAAUUCAGUAGAUGUUACACUUCUAAAACUGUAACGAGAUUGAUAAGUUAUGUGUCUUUAAUAAUUUCUAUCACACUUGUCGCCGCUAUCAUAUACUUACUGUAUGGUAUAUUUAAGGCUUUAGCGGAACCAGUGUUGUGGUUUAUGUACAUCUCAUUAGUUUUAUUAGUAUACAAUGUAUGUAUUAGCCUUCUUUUAUUUACCUCUACUAAAACUGGCGCAGAUUGUUCUCCAGCCUAUGUAUUGGGUAUAGUAACGUUAAUAAUCACACUGGGCCAAGUGUACUGUUUAAUGGUACUGGCUAGUUACUAUCGAGAAUUGCAAACAACGGGACCGCCUUCUCCCAAAAGAGUAAGUCCAAAGGCAUCGAAUACUAGUAAAGGCAAAAACAAAGAACCAGCGCCAAUUCUGAUAGAUGAAGACAAUACUUAAACAAGAGUUUACAACAAUAUCAUGAAACAAUAUAGUCACUGUUACUUUACAUAUAUAUUUUAUUUUAUUUUGAUAAGUGUGUAUUAAACGUUUUAAUUCAU